CGUUAGAAGAAAUUCCUGUCAGAGUAUUUGUUUAUUAACUUUAAAUUGAACCAAACAUCUAGACUGUUUUUAAAAUAUAAGCGUGGAAACUGAUUUAACGGGGAGAAAACUACAAAGAAGAACAUUCAUCUUUAAUAAGUCAAUCAUCUAAGGUAAGAUUCCCUUUGGAUUUGUGAAGGGGCACAAUGGAGCUGGGACAAUACGUAAUUAUUUGGAUUUGUGCUGUAAGUUCUGCUGUUUGGGGAUGCCCUGAACAAUGCCAGUGCAUGGACAACAAUACAGUUUGCAUGGGAUAUGGCAUUACAGACUUUCCAACUCCUAUUCCAUCAACAACAACGUUUAUACAUAUUUCAUAUACCAACAUAUCAUCUCUGAAACCUGCUGAUUUUGAUUCAUUUUCUGAGACUCUGACAAAAAUUACAGUCAAUAAUUCAAGAAUAAAUGAGGUGCAACCUCACACAUUUGACAAGACACGCAAAGUCACUGCUUUAGUGUGUUCAGGAACUGAGCUCGUUUCUCUGCCAGAGAACUUGUUUCAGAAACUAAAUUCACUCACCGUUCUAAUGCUGAGCAACAACAAACUAAAUAACCUCCCUUCAUCGCUGCUUAAAUCACUUCAAUCACUGAAAAUCUUAGAUCUAAGCAAAAAUAGGUUGACUUCUAUCCCAGAGAAUGCCUUUCAGGAUCUCAUUCACUUGGAGAAGCUUAUACUGCAGAGAAAUGACAUCGUUGAACUGCAGAAUGGAAUUUUCCGUGGACUUAGCAAGCUGAAAAUGUUGUACCUUCAAAAUAACAAAUUAAAAGUGAUCCCAGCCAAUACAUUUGUAGACUUGGUUAAUCUGGAGACUUUGCAUCUGCAGAACAAUUUUAUAACCACUUUACCAGCAGAACUUUUUGCACAUCAACAAAAGCUCCAGAAACUCUAUCUCUCUAAUAAUCAAUUGACUUUCCUUCCUGAAGGUAUAUUCUUAAAGCUUCCUAAUCUGCAGCAGAUUUCACUUUAUGACAACCAUUUACGGAAUCUUUCUAUUAAUAUAUUCGGGCCUAUGUUACUGAAGGACCUGUGGCUUUAUGACAACAUGUUAACCCAGCUUGAGGAAAAUGUAUUUAGCAAUUUAACUCGUAUGCGACUUCUGGUGUUGAGCAGAAACCGGAUCUCACAUAUCGCCCCUGGUGCAUUUAAUGGAUUGAAUAAGCUGGAGGAAAUUUCUCUCCACACUAACUGCCUGACUACUCUUGAUGAAGGAGUGUUCAGAGGACUUCCAAAUCUGGUCAAAAUAUCACUGGAGAACAACAAAAUUCAGUACAUUCCGGAGAAACUUCUUGAUGGUAUUCCUCACUUACACCAGCUGGAACUUCAAAACAACUCUUUAUCCUCUUUACCAAAGACAUUUCUAGACAUUUUAACUAAAAUUGACAAUGUAAUAUUAACUGAAAAUCCAUGGAGGUGUGAUCAUGACAUUGUACCACUUCGAGACUGGAUAAAGAAAUAUUCAGAAAAAGUCAAAAAUGUCACAUCUGUUGUGUGCUUUAGUCCUUUACACUUGACAAACAUCAGUAUAAUAAACCUUCCUUUCAGUAAUGUCUUUCACAUGUCCACUUUUACACCAGAGGAUUACUUAACAGUACUCUUAGAGAAAGGAGAGCUCAUCGCUGGUUCACUGGGAACACAUAUAAUUAUCACUGCAGUACUGUGCACUGUAAUCAUUACUAGUAUUAUCAUCUGUGCUGUCUGCUGUAAGAAGAACAAACAGGACAGUCGAAAAAGAAUUAAAAUAUGAAUAAGGUUUAAAGCACAUAUAUGUGGUAACCACUUGGUUGCUAUCAAAAUAGAUCUUGUAUUCAACGUAAAAAGUUAUCAUUUUAAAUUACUUGUUGCCAAUACCAAGUUUGAAUUUUACAUUGAACCGGGUUUAUGGAAUAUGUUUUCAUGGCUGAGCAGCUGCAUUCAAGCAUCAAUAGAUGGAUGCAGUAGCGUAAAGCACACCGCCACUGGGCUCUAGGGCAGUGAAGACGUGUUCUAUGGAGUGACUAAUCACACUUCUCUGUCUGGCAAUCUAAUGGACAAGUCUGGGUUUGGUGGUUGCCAGAAGAAUAGAACUUGUCUGACUGCAUUGUGCCAAGUGUAAAGUUUGGUGAAGGGUGUUUGCUAUGGGGUUGUUUUUUAGCAGAUGGGCUUGGCCCCUUAAUUCCAGUGAAAGGAACUCUUAAUGUUUCAGCAUACCAAGAUAUUAUGGACAAUUUCAUGCUCCCGACUUUGUGGGAACUGUUUGGGGAUAGCCCGUUCCUGUUCCAACAUGACUCUGCACCAGUGCACAAAGCAAGGUCCAUAAAGACAUAGAUGAAAGAGUUUGGUGUGGAAGAACGUGACACUUGAGUCCUGACCUCAACCCGAUAGAACACCUUCAGGAUGAAUUAGAACCGAGACUGCAAGCCAGGCCUUCUCAUCCAACAUCAGUGUCUGACCUCACAAAUGCGGUCAAAUAUCUUCAUAAACACAUUCUUAAACGUUGUGGAAAGUCUUCCCAAAGGCUUUGAAGCUGUAAAGGGUGGGCCAACAUCAUAUUAAACCUUAUGGAUUAAGAAUUGUAUGUUACACAAGUUUAUUUA